AGAAAUUUUACUAAUUUAGCCUGAAAUGGAAAAGCAAACAGAUAUUCCCCUCCUUCCACUCAAGAACUCUGAGUCAAAAACUACUAAAAAUUGCCUUGAUCAAAUUGAAUCAUUUAUAAAAGAGAAGAAUACCACCUGUAAAAAAUUUGACUCGCACCUAAACCCUCUGUCAGUUCUCCACUUUUUCAACAUCCUGAACACUGUAGUCAUCCCGCAAAUAUUACAGGAAGCUGAUGAGAUUCUUGCUUCUCAAAAUUGAGUGACCAAAAUACUAAACUCUCUUAUUUCAGUUAUCAACCUCAGAUCAAGCUAUCUAGAACAGAUGCACAAGAUAAUCCUCAUCAGAGAAGCAGAGGAGAGCCGCCAUGUUAGAGAUCUAGUGCUCAGCACCAUCAGGGCUGAUAUCCGGGACGAGUCUCUCCAGGCUAGUCUUGAGGACCUCCUCCAGACUUUGACCGUCAAGUAUGAAGAGAUGGUAUUUACCAAAAAUAUCAGCAGAUGAACCUAUGAUGAAACAUUGAACUGUAAGGAAAGUAGAAAUCUGAGUACUUAUGAGUCUUCUAGACUCAUAAGUAUCGAGUCUUGUAAUUUAACCCCAAGAAAUGUAGAAUUUGAAAACUAUGAAGAGUCCAAACAACCUCAAGAUAGUGACAGAGAUAUCCAAGAACUUAUUGAAAUCAAAGAGAAUAACGAAACUCUUUCGUCUAUUGAGCAGGAGCCUGAAGGCGGAAUCUGGAUGAUUACUAGUCUGAUGUCAUUCGUUCUAAUGUUAGGAAAGUUGAUAGUAUUUGCUCCUUUCCUUAUCCUUGGACUGUUGAUCAAGCUUUGCUUCAGAAUUUGCUUCAAGAUCCCUUACCAAACUGCGAAAUACAUUACUCAGAAGGUAUUCUGUUGCAAUAGAAAAGGUUGAGAGCUCAAAGACAGUAAAAAGUGACAGAAUUAGCCAACCUUAAGUAUUCUCAUAAUCUAUUUUCAACUUUGUCA